UCCAAAGGCUAAAACAUCCAAACCCAUCCCACUUCAAAUACCCGUUUCCUCCCACAACCUCUUUACCAAGAAAUAGUGAUCAUCACCAAGAUGGCGAGUAGCACAAGCACUGGUGGAGCAGCAGGGAAGAGUUCAUGGCCAGAGCUGGUGGGGACUAAAGGAGAGGAGGCAGUAGCCACUAUAAUGAAAGAAAAUCCAUCGCUCAAAGCCCACACAAUAAAUCAAGGGUCCAUCAUCACCAUGGAUCUCCGUCGCGACAGGGUUCGUGUCUGGAUUGAUGAGCAAGGUGUUGUCACUGCAGCGCCUAAGAUAGCGUAAUUAUACCUUCUUGGGCAUUAAUUAUAAUUUUAAAUAAAUAAAAAAGAAUUUAAGGUUGUGCUUAUGUUAAUAUUGUCCUAUAUGUAUUGCUGUUUAUAUAUUUCUGAAAUAACCUAAAAAUUAGUGUAUAUCAACAAUGUGAAAUUCUAUAGUAAGGGUGUCAUAUAUGGACCAUCAUAUU